AUGAAUGAUAACUCUAUAAAUAUUGAGAAAAAGGAGCCUGUCCAAGAGCCUGUCCAAGAACCCCUGGAUGAGAAUUAUUUCAGCAUCCAAGUCUCCGCAAAGCAUCUAAUUCUUGCGUCCCCCGUUUUCAAGAAAAUACUUACCGGUGGAUGGAAGGAGAGUGUUACGUAUCUGCAAAAAGGCACAGUCGAGAUUACUGCAGAAGGCUGGGAUCUCGAAGCACUUUUGAUUCUCCUUCGUGCUAUUCAUGGCCAACAAUACCAAGUCCCACGAAAGCUAACUCUUGCAAUGCUUGCCAAUGUCGCGGUCCUAGCUGACUACUAUGACUGCAAGGAAGCUGUGUAUAUUUGGUCAACUAUAUGGAUCGACGCUCUGGAGGAAAAGAUUCCCAAAACAUAUUCCGAGGAUCUAUUUCGGUGGUUAUGGGUCUCUUGGGCUUUCCAACUGCCAGAUCAGUUCAAAGAAUCAACGUCGACUGUUAUGUCUUGGGGUGACAGGUGGAUUAACGGUCUGGGAUUCCCAAUCCCUGUUAGAGUUAUGGAAGCAAUGAAUAAAUUCAGAGAGGAGGCCAUUAAUAACCUGGUCACACUCCUUUAUGACAGACGCGAGGCACUCCUAAGCGGUACUCGAGGUUGUUGCUUUGAGUGCAGCUCAAUCAUGUAUGGAGCACUUACAAAGGAGAUGCGGUCAGUCGACCUACUUUUGCCGAGACCUAAAGCACCAUUUCCAGGUUUGAAUCACAAAGCCUUAGUGCAGAAGAUACAGUCAUUCACGGUGCCACAGUGGACCUUGCCGUCUUCCGGUUAUCGCACCUACUGUCACAGUUGUGCUAACUCGUCCUUUGAAACCCUCCUUGGGACGUUGAAUGAUCUUAUUCAAGGCCUUGACCUACAUAGUCUUAUUCCUUGA